CUGAAUGGCAAGCAAGUUGUCAGUGUUUCGAUUCUGCUGCUGCUGCUGUGCUGAUAAAUGUCAGUACAGCUUUAGGCGCGCUUAAUGAGAAUUUUCAUAAGCUUUGGGAAAUCCAUCGUCUACGUAAUCGCAUUUUAUGGAUAUUUUUUCAUUGCAUUUUAAUCUAAUCUGAUUUAUAUGCAUUGCUUAAGCAAAUAACUUCUAUCGCUUGAAGUUAUUCUGUCUAAGAUAUCUACCAAAAGGAAGCUAAAAUGGAACAUCUAUCUAUGAAACGCGCUAUAGUAUUAGUGCUGUUUAUUAUUGUUUCACACACAUCAAAUUCAAUUAAGGUCGACAAAAGUAAAUUUGAUGCUAUAAAAAAAUCGCGAUCUGUAAAGACAAGUAUGCAAAGCAAAAGAUUCGGGAAGUCUAUAAUCGUACCACCUAUCCCACCAGUACCACCGAUGCCAUUUAUUUUAACAGAAGAAAGAAUUAAGGAAUCAUAUCAUGAUAAAUCGUCGAAAUUGAUGAAUAAAUUCAAGAGAAAACAAAAUUUGCCUACUCGUCUAGGUACAACAUCGACCAUAAUUUUUCCAAGCACAAUCUCACAAGCUACAACGACAACACUGAGGCCUAUAACCACGACUCAACAAGUUAUAACAACAAUAUUGGAGACUUCAACUACGACUCAGCGAAGUAUAACGUCGCCAUCGAUUGAAAUUCCUCCAAUCAUAUAUCCACAAAUUACAACAACGUCGUUGAGACCUGCAACUACAACUCUGAUAUUGGGGACUUCGACUACGACUCAGCGAAGUAUAACAUCUCCAUCGAUUGAAAUUCCUCCAAUAAUAUAUCCACAAAUUACAACAACGACUUUGAGACCUAUAAUUACAACUCAACUCGCUGCACCUACGAGUACCCUGUACCCUUUAACAACAACUGAGCGAGAUUUAGCAUUGGGGUCGGAUUCUGAUGGCUUUGGAAAACUGAUAGUCGGUCUCCUUACUGCUGGGACUCUUGUUCUUUUUGUUUACUAUUUAUUAUGGCAGAUAACAUUUACGGUACCAUUUAUAUUGUUUGUACCGAAAUUUCCGGUUGGCGGACCACCGCCUCGACUGCCUGGAACUCUUAAACCGCCUACUAAUCGAACUCCAAAACCGUCUGAUAAUGAUGAUGGCGAUAAAAGCGACGAUUCUGAUGAAGAAGAUGAAGACUGUGAAAAAUCAAAAGACAAAAAGUCGAAAGAUGAGUGCGAAAAGAAAAAGAAAAAAAGAAAUCCUUGCAAAAUAAAUAUAAAAAAAAUUAGCGACGACUAUCCUCUUAUCAUCCAACACACUGAUCACUCAAAAUUCCUGUACCCUCAAUCGAAAGGCAAAAUCGUUUUACAGCCUGAUGAUAAAAUAACCUUCGGUUGCAACAGUGCUGACACUUAUUCCUGCAAAAACAUAACCAUCAUCGAGAACGUAGUAAGCUACGCAGAGAGCACCAUAUCAUCGAUGAGCUGCUCAUUAUCCGCCGCGAAGAUACAUUCGAAGAUACAAUUCCUACAGGGCUACUUCGGUAAGAAAAGCCAAUACCAAAAAUUCCAAAUCGGACUGUCCUACGGCAGAAACUUUGUACCCACGAUAACUGGCUACUACAACGCUGCGUUAGAGAGCACAGCUUUCGUGAGAAGUACACUCUCUAGCGCCAUUGGCUACAAACAGAAAAAACCACCACAGCGAGAGCUCCAACAAGACUUGCUCGCGUGGUCACCCGAUGUUUACAGCCUGUCUUCACAGCAAGAUACCUUCAGCCAGCUGCUCUUGUGUCACGGUAAUUCUACGCACAAAGGCGAUUGCAGUUACGUUAACAGAGGUUCUUAUCUGGAGCCUGCUCUGCUGACACCAGCUUCGCACUUCGUCUAUACUCGCGCUGCUGCAACCGCCCACUACUACAUGAACUCCGCUCCUAUGUGGAAUACCAUCAAGUAUGGAAACUGGGACAAGAUUGAAAAACACGUCCAGCGAAUGGCUUCGAGCUUGAAGAAGGAUCUGAUCGUUAUCACUGGGGUGUACGGACAGUUAAGGCUGCCGGAUUACGGUGGCUUGUACAAAGACAUCUUCAUGGAGACCGACUAUGACGAGUGCAGCAAAAGCAUCGUCGUGCCGCAGUACUUCUGGAAACUGGUCUAUGAUCCCGCAAGUGUUAACGGCAAACCGAGCGGUAUCGUCUAUGUUACUGUGAACAAUCCAUUCAUGGACUCCAAAAACUACUAUAAAAUUUGUCAAAACCCAGGACAAUCGGUGAACGGCGAAUCGCCCGCUUGGUGGAAGCCCAAUUCAUUCAAAUCAGGAUUUAGUUACGUAUGCGCUGUGGAUGACUUUAUUUUGACCACUCGUUUAGACCUAGUCGACAGACUGUCGUAAGUGUUGCUGACUACUGUGUUCUGUUGUCGAUUGUAUGUAGUAUCAGUUUGUUGACGAGUGUUGAUUAAACUUUACAAAUAAGCACA